AUGUACAAUGCCAGCGCCAAGCUGGGAAUAGUAAUCAUAAAGCCAAUGGUAAUUUGCGUUGCUUUGAUACCUCAGCAAUAUAGAAGAUCCACCAUUACAUAUUGUUAUUUCACGGCUAACAUUCCCACAGUUUAUAUGGCCCCCAUCGUCCUGUCAGAGAAAACGUGCUUCAUUACGGGUGUAUUAAUUGGUGAAUAUUUGCCAACAGUGCUGAUACUGGUCAUUCAAGUGUCUCUACAAACUUCCUUAUAUACUGGGCCAGAAGGAGAAAUAAAUGACAUACGGCAGUGCAACUAUUGGGCUCCAAAGAAGUCCUUACCUUGGAUUUUCAAUGUCCUUGGAAAUGUCGUGACGUACUUGAGAGAGAACAGAAGGCCGAGUCCCACAUCAGGACUAAAAGGCUUGAUAAAUAUGUUAUUGGGUCAGGGUCUACUGUACUUUGUAUUGAUAAUUGCAUAUGAGGUAUUGUCCACAGUUGGGAACAUACCACAGCUCCUCAUCUCUGAUUCAGUGAACAAUAACCUUAUUGAACUCAACAUUAUCCUCAAUGUUGCGCUCCCUUGCAUUUUAGGGCCAUGGCUAAUUCUAUCUAUUCGUCGAAACCACAUGGCUCAUAUGACGGGAGGUACAAGCAUCACUGCAGGCACACGAGAUAGAGAUGUCAACAAACAUUGCGCCUUUUCGGGGACGAACCAACAUAGCCUAUUGAAGGCGAUAUCUGGCAGCACUCCAGCAUAG